AUGUCGGGCGGCCAGAACACCAUCAUGGCCGCGUUCGCCCAGCCGGCCCGCAAGGACGCCCCUGCGAACCAGGGCGACGAGGGCUUCGAACGGCCUGCCAAACCAGCCCUCGGGGUCCCCGCUGGGGGCGACCAGGACUCCAGGCCGCUGUCCUCCGCGGGGGCGGCCGAGAACCCCUCGGCGGGGCCCACGCCCGCGCCGGCGAAGCGCCUCGGAGGCGGGCACGCUGCCGGUGCGACGCCCGCGGGCGCCACGCCCGCCGUAGAAGCGCUCCCCGCGAGCGAGACGCCGGCCCCGACGGUCGAGAACGGCAGCAAGAAGCGCAAGUCCGGCGCCGUCUUCACCGAGGGGCAGCGCGCGCAGCUCGAGGAGCUUUUCCAGAAGAACAACACCAUUAAAAAGGCUGAGCGCGAGAAGCUGGCUAGCGAGUUCGGAUGCGAGCCCAAGUCGAUCGCGAACUGGCUGCAAAGCCGCCGGGUGCGCGCGAAGAAGCAUGCGGAGAAGGAGGGCGCGCCCGCGGACCCGCAGCCGGCCGCGUCGCCCGAGGAGAGUCCCGAGGAGGUCGUCCCGGACACGGAGAAGGAUUCCAUGUCCCCGGCGGGCGGCCCGGAGGACGGCGCGGCCGCGGACGGCAAGCGCAAGCGCCGGAAGACCAGCAAGGCCGCCGACGCCGCCGCCGCGAUCGCGGAGGAGGCUGCCGCGGCCGCGCAGGACCCGCCGGCUUCGACGCAGCCUCCCGCGGCGGACGGCGGGCUGUUCGACACCGAGGCGCUGCUGCAGCAGUGCGUGGACGAGGAGGCGGCGCUGCGCGCCGCGAUCCUCGCCCGCGCGCCGCCGCACGCGCUCGGGGGCGACGCGAUGCCGUGCCCCGUCAACGAGACCGGCGGGCUCGUGGUGUCCGCGGUGGCGUGCGCGGUCGAGGGCGCGACGUGCUCGCGGGACGACAUCGUGCAGGGCAUCCUCGCCGCGGCGCGCGCCGCGAAGCGCGAGCUGUCCGUGAGCGCCAGCGAGGUGGCAACGACCGUGGCGGCGGCGUCCGAGGAAAGGGCGUGCGGGCCGAUCACGCGGCUCGAGGCGGUCGACAAGACGACGCUCCCGGCGGGCCUCGUGCGCGCGCGCGCGGUGGCGGCGCGGCAGCUGUGCCGGGCCGCGGGGCGGCGGCUGGACGCGGUGGUGAAGCUGCGAGGGGUGCUGGAGGCGGGCGCGUCAGGGCGGGGGUACGAGGGGCGCGUGAAGCGGGCGGUGCUGGCGCGCGACAAGCUGCCGGCGCUGGCGGAGGACGAGAAGGUCGAGGCGGAGAAGGUGGCGGCGGAGGCGGCGGCUGUGGCUGCGAAGGAGGCGGCGGCGGCGGCGAAGCGCCGGGAGGCGGAGGAGCGGAAGAGGGAGGUGGAGGCGAAGAGGCGGCAGCGGGAGGAGGAGAAGAAGGCGAAGGAGGCGGAGAAGGAGGCGGAGAAGAAGACGAAGCAGGAGCAGCGCGAGGCGGAGAAGGCGCAGCGCGAGGCGGAGCGCAAGCAGCAGAUGGAGGAGAAGAAGGCGCAGCGCAAGGCCGACAAACUAGGAUUCGGGUCUGCCAAGACGCUGAAGAAGUCGCAGGCGUUCUUCAGCCGAUUCACGGCCGCGCCCGCCGCCGCGUCCCCCACGGCCGCGCCGGCCACCCCGGGCGCCCCCGACGCGGCGCGCAGGGCCUCGCUGCCGUCCGCCACCGCCACCGCCCACGCCACCCCGCACCUCACCAACGACCCGCCCGCGCCCAGGGACGACGCGAUCGACGCGGGCUUGAAGGCCGAGGGCGUCGACGUGGACGCGGCCUUCCGCGCCGCCCUCGCCGGGUGGCGCCAGGCCGCGGAGCGGCGUCGCACGCGCGCGCGGACGGUGGGGCUGCCGCCGUCGUGGCAGCGGCGCCCCGGCGCGCCGCCGCUCGCGGAGAUCCACGACGCGCGCUUCGGCGCCGCGAGCGAAGUCGCUCUCGCCGGCGUCCUCACGUGGCGCCGGAAGCUCCUCUGGUUCCCUGCCGACUCGGAGCGCCCCGCGUUCUUCGGGUCCGUGGCGGCGCGCCCGACGGCGUGCGCGGCGCGGCGGCCGCUGGCGAAGGAGCCCGAGCUGGACUACGACUACAUGUCGGACCAGGACUGGGAGCCGGAGCCCGAGGGCGAGGCCCUCGACGGCGACAUCAACAACGACGGCGACGACAUGGAGGAGGACGAGGCUGACUCGUUCGUGGUGCAGGACGACGCGAUGUCCGACGGAGACGCCGCGGAGUCGGUCGGGCACGACGGCGGCGCGGACGUCGACGUGGCCUGCGUGGAGGAGGCGGCGGCGGUGCUCGCCGCGAACCCGGAGACAACGCAGGCGCGGCGGGCGCGCCUGACGCUGCUGACGCAGCUGGGGAUCGCGCUCGACCAGGCGCCGCGGACGAACCGCGCGCUCGUGCUCACGCGCGACGCCGCCGCGCCGGCGCCGACGAGCGUGCUCGGCGGCCGCAGCGGCAACAACAACUCCCUGCUGCUCGGCGCUAUUCCCGUUGGGCUCCUCAUGGCGCCCGGCGCGAUCAAUCUGGACGCGAGCAAGGCCUUCCUCGACCCGUCCGCGGCGAAGGCGAAGGACGGCGCCGGCGACGCGGCCUCCGCGGGGGCGAAGGGUGCGGAGGGCAGCCGCGGCGCCGCCAACGCCCCAGGCCGUAAGAAGAAGCCGUUCCCCGACGCGCUGUGCGCGGCGCUGAUCACGACGAUGGCGACGAACCCGACGCUACAAGUGAACAAGCUCACGGACGCGUUCGUCGCCGCGCACCCCGACCAGGGUCUCACAAAGGCCGGGACGAAAUCGAAGAUCAAGGAUGUGGGAGAGCACAUGCAGGGGCGGUGGUUCGUGCGCCGGGAGCACGUGGAGGCCGCGGGGCUGACCGAGGCCGGGCUGAUGGGGCUGGACAACGCGGCGUUGACGGUGCAGGCCGCGGCGGAGCUCGAUGCGACUGUGGAGCUGCGGGCAAAGGCGUUGAAGGACAAGAAGACGCAGAAGGCGCGAGAGGCGGCCAAGGCGAUGCCGGACGCGAUGCAGCAUCUUCUCGGCACGGGAGCGCCGGCCGCCGCGGGCGCCGCGGACGCGGGUCCGGCGCAGGGCGCGGGCGCUGCGGCGGCGGGCGCUCCCGGGGAGGAGGCGCUGGAGGUGGGGAAGGCUGUUGAGGUGAGCAGCGACAGCGGGGACGUGGAGGUGAUCGAGCGCCCGAUGAAUGCGUGA